AAAAAAAAAAAAAAAAAAAAAAAGGAAAUAAUUAUUAGUGAGCACCGUCCAAGGAAGAUCGUGAGUUUUUUCGGUCCCCUGACCUCUCUCCUGGGCGGUGGUUUAGUUUUUCCCACUCUCGUGUGUUCCCAGACUUCUUUACCAAUAUUUUUUUCUGUCGGUGUGAACUUCUUCCUCCUUUUCUCUCUCGCAUUCUUCUCUUAAAAAGCCCAAGACGAUUCCCAAUUGCGAGUGAAUUGCUUUCUAAAACAUUGAUUCUCUUUUACAUUCCAAAAGAGGCAUACAUAGUUGAGAUCCAUUUUGACGGUAGAGACGCACAUACGUCAUUUACCUCUAGGUACUCACACACAAAUCCAAUUCCCAUUCAUCAGCCCGAGCAAACUGAAGCUCAGUUUCACUUCUCCAGCAACUCGAUUUACAUCCAACGCUGAUAACAUUUAACACAUAAAAAUCAAACUUCUCUUAUUCCUCUUCCUCUCUAGCCUCCUUACUUCGGAUCAAUACAUCCUAGUCUCCUAUCGCCAGGCUUUUUUCUUUUUUCUUUUUUUUUAAUCUUGUUCGAUCCAAUAAACAUACUUUUAUCCUCCUAAACAAAGUACGAGUGCAUACUUACGCCUCAUACCUCAUACGGCAUACACAAUGUUAUCACGAAACCUCCUUCGCGCCUCCGCACGAGCUGCUGGUGCCUCUGCCAGAGCUGCUGCUCCUCGAGCAACUCUCCCUGCCGGUGCAGCAUAUAUCCACAACAGCAACAAUCCUCUCAACAACGCAAGCAACAGGGACAAGAAGAUCCCUACGCCUCCUCCCGGUGCAUUCGCCCGUACGGACGACAGUAUUACCGUCGAGUACCCAGAAGAAGAUGCACUCCCUUCCUCUGCCCCCGUCCAAGGUCGCGGUGGCUUCCACAUGAAGCGAACCCUCGCCUCCUUCUCGCUCGAAGGUAAGGUCGGUGUAGUAACUGGUGGCGCUCGAGGCCUCGGGCUUGUCAUGGGUCAAGGCAUCGUUAUUAGCGGUGCCAACCUGGCAAUUGUUGAUAUGAACAAAGAAGAGGCCGAACGCCAAGCCGUCGAGCUGGUUGACGUGUUCCGCAAGGAGAACCCCGGCGCCACCAGGGUCCCCAAGGUCACCGCUCAUUACGCCGACGUGUCGGAUGCGGACUCGGUCCAGAGCUGCAUCGACGAGAUCAUCAAGGAGCACGGCAAGAUCGACCACCUCGUCACCAGCGCCGGCUUCACCGAAAACUACAACGCCGUCGACUACCCCAUCGACCGCAUGCGCAAGCUGUGGAGCGUCAACGUCGACGGCACAUACCUCUUCGCCAUCACCGUCGCCAAGCACCUGAUGGAGCGCAAGAGCCCCGGAAGCAUGGUUUUCAUCGGCAGCAUGUCCGGCGCCAUCGUGAACGUGCCGCAGCCCCAAGCUCCUUACAACACCGCCAAGGCCGCCGUCCGGCAUCUGGCUGCUUCCCUCGCCGUCGAGUGGGCCCACGCCGGCAUCCGCGUAAACUGCAUUUCCCCCGGUUAUAUGCUGACUGCGCUCACCGAGAAGAUCCUCGACGACAAGCCAGACCUCAAGAAGCAGUGGACCUCGCUUAUCCCGCAGGGGAAGAUGGGUCAACCCGUCGAUCUCAUGGGCCCCGUCACGUUCCUGCUGUCGGAUGCCAGCUCAUACGUGACGGGCGCCGAUCUCCGCGUCGACGGCGGUUACACUCUCACUUAAAGAGGUUUAAUCGUAACCCCCUAAACUUUCAUCCUUAUCCAUCUUCCAACAACCUUUUCUCAUUUCUUUAGAGGGAAACAUAUUCGGUGUAAAAAAAAGGGGGGGCAACAUAGAUAAAUGAUUUCUUUUUAUUCAAAGGGAGUUAAUUGGGCGGGGAUUUUUUUUUGUUCUUCUAUAAUAGAGGUUUACUCUUUUUUUCGUUUUCAAUCCCACGAGGAUGAAAAUCGGAUUGGAGGGGUAAACUCGUUCCGAAGAAGGAAAAGAAGAAUAAAAGAAGAAGCCAUAGUUGGUUGGCUCGUCCUCGCAGGAUAGGGAAUGAUGGUGAUGCUAGUAGUGAUGUUGAUGGCGAUGUUGACGACGACUAUUUGUACGUCAACCAGACAGAUAAGGUGUAGAGAAAGGAUCCAAGCCAAGGUACGGACGGAAUCGCGCAGCCAUAUAAGUGUUUUCGCAGUUUGGCAGAUAGGGUCAGUCGACUCAGGAGAAAUAUAUUGCGUGAUGAACAAUCAAACUUGAAUAUGUCCUUUCAUUUUGCCUUUUUUUUUUCUUGGCGUCUUAUUCAGUGGUUGUGUUUGACGUAAGAAGAGCGUAAAGAUUCCAACCUAUUUUGCGUAAUGAUCACGGUUGGGAAAAGAGAAAAGAAAAAAGGUAACCAGGAGUCCAAUUUCAUUAAAUUAAAAAAAAAAAAAAAAAAAAAAACAAUUUGAAAUGGGGAGAAAGG